UAAAAUCUCCAAUCCAGGAGGUUACUAAAUUAAGCCCAUUUCAUGUAGAAAAACAAGAUAUUAGUGCUCCUACUGAAGAAAAAGUUUUGUCUCCAGUCAUUCCUGAGGGUAUAGCAAAAAUACAUGAUCACAAACCAAAAUCGCCGGUGGAUCAACCUAAAGAAUUGAGUCCAGUUGAAAUAGUAGCUGGACAAGAGGAUGUUAAAAGUAAAAUGGUAAAGGAAGUCAUUUCAGUCCCUGCAGAAAAGGAUCUUAAAUUUGAAGAUCACAAAAUAAAAUCUCCAAUCCAAGAAGUUACUAAGUUAAGCCCAAUUCAUGUAGAAAAACAAGAUAUUAGUGCUUCUACUGAAGAAAAAGCUUUGUCUCCACUAAUUCCUGAAGAUAAAGAAAAAAUACACGACCACAAACCAAAAUCGCCGGUGGAUCAACGUAAAGAAUUGAGUCCAGUUGAAAUAGUAGCUGGAGAAGAAGACGUUAAAAGUAAAAUUGUAGAGGAAAUCAUUUCAGUCCCUGCCGAAACUGAUCUUAAAUUUGAAGAACACAAAUUAAAAUCUCCAAUCCAGGAAGUUACUACAUUAAGCCCAUUUCAUGUAGAAAAACAAGAUAUUAAAGCUCCUACUGAAGAAAAAGGUUUGUCUGCAGUAAUUCCUGAAGAUAAAGAAAAAAUACAUGAUCACAAACCAAAGUCGACGGAGGAUCAACCUAAAAAAUUGAGACCAAUUGAUAUAGUAGGUGGACAAGAAGACGUUAAAAGUAAAAUUGUAGAGGAAAUCAUUUCAGUUCCUGCAGAGAAGGAUCUUAAAUUUGAAGGACACAAAAUAAAAUCUCCAAUCCAGCAGGUUACUAAAUUAAGCCCAAUUCAUGUAGGAAAACAAGAUAUUAGUGCUCCUACUGAAGAAAAGGCUUUGUCUCCACUAAUUCCUGAAGAUAAAGAAAAAAUACACGAUCACAAACUAAAAUCGCCGGUGGAUCAAACUAAAGAAUUGAGUCCAGUUGAAAUAGUAGCUGGACAAGAGGAUGUUAAAAGUAAAAUUGUAAAGGAAGUCAUUUCAGUACCUGCAGAAAAGGAUCUUAAAUUUGAAGAUCACAAAAUAAAAUCUCCAAUCCAAGAAGUUACUAAGUUAAGCCCAAUUCAUGUAGAAAAACAAGAUAUUAGUGCUUCUACUGAAGAAAAAGCUUUGUCUCCACUAAUUCCUGAAGAUAAAGAAAAAAUACACGACCACAAACCAAAAUCGCCGGUGGAUCAACGUAAAGAAUUGAGUCCAGUUGAAAUAGUAGCUGGAGAAGAAGACGUUAAAAGUAAAAUUGUAGAGGAAAUCAUUUCAGUCCCUGCCGAAACUGAUCUUAAAUUUGAAGAACACAAAUUAAAAUCUCCAAUCCAGGAAGUUACUAAAUUAAGCCCAUUUCAUGUAGAAAAACAAGAUAUUAAAGCUCCUACUGAAAAAAAAGGUUUGUCUGCAGUAAUUCCUGAAGAUAAAGAAAAAAUACAUGAUCACAAACCAAAGUCGACGGAGGAUCAACCUAAAAAAUUGAGACCAAUUGAUAUAGUAGGUGGACAAGAAGACGUUAAAAGUAAAAUUGUAGAGGAAAUCAUUUCAGUUCCUGCAGAGAAGGAUCUUAAAUUUGAAGGACACAAAAUAAAAUCUCCAAUCCAGCAGGUUACUAAAUUAAGCCCAAUUCAUGUAGGAAAACAAGAUAUUAGUGCUCCUACUGAAGAAAAAGCUUUGUCUCCACUAAUUCCUGAAGAUAAAGAAAAAAUACACGAUCACAAACUAAAAUCGCCGGUGGAUCAAACUAAAGAAUUGAGUCCAGUUGAAAUAGUAGCUGGACAAGAGGAUGUUAAAAGUAAAAUUGUAAAGGAAGUCAUUUCAGUACCUGCAGAAAAGGAUCUUAAAUUUGAAGAUCACAAAAUAAAAUCUCCAAUCCAAGAAGUUACUAAGUUAAGCCCAAUUCAUGUAGAAAAACAGGAUAUUAGUGCUCCUACUGAAGAAAAAGCUUUGUCUCCACUAAUUCCUGAAGAUAAAGAAAAAAUCCACGAUCACAAACCAAAAUCGCCGGUGGAUCAACCUAAAGAAUUGAGUCCAUUUGAAAUAGUAGCUGGACAAGAAGAUGUUAAAACUAAAAUUGUAGAGGAAAUCAUUUCAGUCCCUGCAGAGAAGGAUCUUAAAUUUGAAGAACACAAAAUAAAAUCUCCAAUCCAGCAGGUUACUAAAUUAAGCCCAUUUCAUGUAGAAAAACAAGAUAUUAAAGCUCCUACUGAAGAAAAAGUUGUGUCUGCAGUAACUCCUGAAGAUAAAGAAAAAAUACACGACCACAAACCAAAAUCGCCGGUGGAUCAACUUAAAGAAUUGAGUCCAGUUGAAAUAGUAGCUGGACAAGAGGAUGUUAAAAUUAAAAUUGUAGAGGAAAUCAUUUCAGUCCCUUCAGAAAAGGAUCUUAAAUUUGAAGAACACAAAUUAAAAUCUCCAAUCCAGGAGGUUACUAAAUUAAGCCCAUUUCAUGUAGAAAAACAAGAUAUUAGUGCUCCUACUGAAGAAAAAGUUUUGUCUCCAGUCAUUCCUGAGGGUAUAGCAAAAAUACAUGAUCACAAACCAAAAUCGCCGGUGGAUCAACCUAAAGAAUUGAGUCCAGUUGAAAUAGUAGCUGGACAAGAGGAUGUUAAAAGUAAAAUGGUAAAGGAAGUCAUUUCAGUCCCUGCAGAAAAGGAUCUUAAAUUUGAAGAUCACAAAAUAAAAUCUCCAAUCCAAGAAGUUACUAAGUUAAGCCCAAUUCAUAUAGAAAAACAAGAUAUUAGUGCUUCUACUGAAGAAAAAGCUUUGUCUCCACUAAUUCCUGAAGAUAAAGAAAAAAUACACGAUCACAAACUAAAAUCGCCGGUGGAUCAAACUAAAGAAUUGAGUCCAGUUGAAAUAGUAGCUGGACAAGAGGAUGUUAAAAGUAAAAUUGUAAAGGAAGUCAUUUCAGUACCUGCAGAAAAGGAUCUUAAAUUUGAAGAUCACAAAAUAAAAUCUCCAAUCCAAGAAGUUACUAAGUUAAGCCCAAUUCAUGUAGAAAAACAGGAUAUUAGUGCUCCUACUGAAGAAAAAGCUUUGUCUCCACUAAUUCCUGAAGAUAAAGAAAAAAUCCACGAUCACAAACCAAAAUCGCCGGUGGAUCAACCUAAAGAAUUGAGUCCAUUUGAAAUAGUAGCUGGACAAGAAGAUGUUAAAACUAAAAUUAUAGAGGAAAUCAUUUCAGUCCCUGCAGAGAAGGAUCUUAAAUUUGAAGAACACAAAAUAAAAUCUCCAAUCCAGCAGGUUACUAAAUUAAGCCCAUUUCAUGUAGAAAAACAAGAUAUUAAAGCUCCUACUGAAGAAAAAGAUUUGUCUGCAGUAAUUCCUGAAGAUAAAGAAAAAAUACAUGAUCACAAACCAAAGUCGCCGGAGGAUCAACCUAAAGAAUUGAGACCAAUUGAUAUAGUAGGUGGACAAGAAGAAGUUAAAAGUAAAAUUGUAGAGGAAAUCAUUUCAGUUCCUGCCGAGAAGAAUCUUAAAUUUGAAGAACACAAAAUAAAAUCUCCGAUCCAGGAGGUUACUAAAUUAAGCCCAAUUCAUGUAGAAAAACAAGAUAUUAAAACUAUUACUGAAGAAAAAGCUUUGUCUCCACUAAUUCCUGAAGAUAAAGAAAAAAUACACGAUCACAAACCAAAAUCGCCGGUGGAUCAACCUAAAGAAUUGAGUCCAGUUGAAAUAGUAGCUGGACAAGAAGAUGUUGAAACUAAAAUUGUAGAGGAAAUCAUCUCAGUCCCUGCAGAAAACGAUUUUAAAUUUGAAGAACACAAAAUAAAAUCUCCAAUGCAGGAGGUUACUAAAUUAAGCCCAAUUCAUGUAGAAAAACAAGAUAUUAAAGCUCCUACUGAAGAAAAAGUUUUGUCUCCAGUCAUUCCUGAGGGUAUAGCAAAAAUACAUGAUCACAAACCAAAAUCGCCGGUGGAUCAACGAAAAGAAUUGAGUCCAGUUGAAAUAGUAGCUGGACAAGAGGAUGUUAAAAGUAAAAUUGUAGAGGAAAUCAUUUCAGUCCCUGCAGAAAAGGAUCUUAAAUUUGAAGAACACAAAAUAAAAUCGCCAAUCCAGGAGUUCAGUAAGUUAAGCCCAAUUCAUGUAGAAAAACAAGAUAUUAAAGCUCAUACUGAAGAAAAAGUUUUAUCUCCACUAAUUCUUGAUGGUAAAGAAAAAAUUCGCGAUCACAAACCAAAAUCGCCGGAGGAUCAAUCUAAAGAAUUGAGUCCAGUUGAAAUAGCAGCUGGACAAGAAGAUGUUGAAAGUAAAAUUGUAGAGGAAAUCAUUUCAGUCCCUGCAGAACAGGAUCUUAAAUUUGAAGAACACAAAAUAAAAUCUCCAAUCCAGGAGGUUACUAAAUUAAGCCCAUUUCAAGUAGAAAAACAAGAUAUUAAAGCUCAUACUGAAGAAAAAGUUAUAUCUCCACUAAUUGCAGAAGAUAAAGAAAAAAUGUACGAUCACAAACUAAAAUCGCCGGUGGAUGAACAUAAAGAAUUGAGUCCAUAUCAAAUAAUAGCUGGACAGGAAGAUGUUAAAAGUAAAAUUGUAGAGGAAAUCAUCUCAGUCCCUGCAGAUAAGGAUUUUAAAUUUGAAGAACACAAAAUAAAAUCUCCGAUCCAGGAGGUUACUAAAUUAAGCCCAAUUCAUGUCGAAAAACAAGGUAUUAAAACUCUUACUGAAGAAAAAGUUUUAUCUCCACUAAUUGCAGAAGAUAAAGAAAAAAUACACGAUCACAAGCCAAAAUCGCCGGAGAAUCAACCUAAAGAAUUUAGUCCAGUUGAAAUAAUAGCUGGACAAGAAGAUAUUAAAAGUAAAAUUGUAGAGGAAAUCAUUUCAGUCCCUGCAGAAAAGGAUCUUAAAUUUGAAGAACACAAAAUAAAAUCGCCAGUCCAGGACGUUACUAAAUUAAGCCCAAUUCAUGUAGAAAAACAAGAUAUUAAAGCUCCUACUGAAGAAAAAGUUUUGUCUCCAGUCAUUCCUGAGGGUAUAGCAAAAAUACAUGAUCACAAACCAAAAUCGCCGGUGGAUCAACGAAAAGAAUUGAGUGCAGUUGAAAUAGUAGCUGGACAAGAGGAUGUUAAAAGUAAAAUUGUAGAGGAAAUCAUUUCAGUCUCUGCAGAAAAGGAUCUUAAAUUUGAAGAACACAAAAUAAAAUCGCCAAUCCAGGAGGUUACUAAGUUAAGCCCAAUUCAUGUAGAAAAACAAGAUAUUAGUGCUCCUACUGAAGAAAAAGCUUUAUCUCCAGUAAUUCCUAAAGAUAAAGAAAAAAUACACGAUCACAAACUAAAAUCGCCUGUGGAUCAACCUAAAGAAUUGAGUCCAGUUGAAAUAGUAGCUGGACAGGAAGAUGUUAAAACUAAAAUUGUAGAGGAAAUCAUUUCAGUCCCUGCAGAGAAGGAUCUUAAAUUUGAAGAACACAAAAUAAAAUCUCCAAUCCAGGAGGUUACUAAAUUAAGCCCAAUUCAUGUAGAAAAACAAGAUAUUAAAACUAUUACUGAAGAAAAAGUUUUAUCUCCACUAAUUCCUGAAGAUAAAGAAAAAAUACACGAUCACAAACCAAAAUCGCCGGUGGAUCAACCUAAAGAAUUGAGUCCAGUAGAAAAAGUAUUUGGAAAAGAAUAUGUUAAAGGUAAAAUUGAAGAGGAAAUCAUUUCAGUCCCUUCCAAAAAUGACCUUAAAUUUGACGGACCCAAAAUAAAAUCGCCAAUCCAGGAAGUUACUAAAUUAAGCCCAAUUCAAGUAGAAAAACAAGUUAUUAAAGCUCUUACUGAAGAAAAAGUUAUAUCUCCGCUUUUUCCCCUGGAUAACGAAGAAAUGUACGAUCACAAACUAAAAUCUACGGUGGACGAACCUAAAGAAUUGGGUCCAGUUGAAGGAGUAGCUUUACAAGAACAUGUUAAAAGCAAAAUUGUAGAGGAAAUCAUUUCAGUCCAUGCAGAAAAAGAUCUUAAAUUUGACAAACACCAAAUAGAAUCGCCAAUACAGGAGGUUGCUAAAUCAAUUCCAAUUCAAAUAGAAAAGCACGAAAUUAAAUCUCAUGCUGAAGAAAACGUUAUAAUGUCUCCACUAAUUCCAGUUGACAGCGAAAAAAUACACGAACAUCAACUAAAAUCGCCUUUUUAUGAGCCUAAUGAAUUGAGUCCAUUUGAAAAAGUAGCUGGACAAGAAAAUGUUAAACGUAAAAUUGCAGAGGAAAUCAUUUCAGUCCCUGCCGAUAAACACCUUAAAUUUGGCUACCACGAAAUAAAAUCGCCAACUAUGGACGUUACUAAAUUAAACAUAAGAGAGGACAGGAGAGGAAAACAAGACAUUAAAUCUUCUAAAGGUAGAAUUACUCCAGUAAGUCAUCGCUAUAAGGAUAAAACGUUUCAGGAACGCGAAAUAAAGUCCACGAACAAAACGGUUAAACUCAGCACCACUGUUGGAAAACCUACUUCGCCCACCCAAGUCAAACUUGAAAAAACGAGCAAAACCUACGACAAACAAAGGUCAUAUUUGAAGCGUGACGCUCAAUUCAUCCUGUCUGAUGACGAACUUUUUUCUUCCCCAAAUAAGGUGACAACCACAUCGGAAUCCAAGUCGAAACUAGUUGGUGGAAAUGAAGCAGUUAGCAGCCAGGCUUAUAAAUCUUCGGAGCUUAAAACCAGGGACAUUAAAUCGCCUAAGACGACGAUAGCUAAGACGAGACAACGGUCGCCAAAAAUUCAGACCAGUGGCAAAUCGGAAAAGAAAGGGCGCGAUAUAAAGAGUUCUUCUGCAUUAUCUACCCAUACCUCAUCCAGCAAAACCAAAGCUAGCGAAGCAAACAUGUCUCUCGUCAAAUUCGCAUCUAAUGAAAUGAAACAUAAAAGAAAAGUGUCGCCUCAGACCAACGGUAGGUUGUCUGUCGUCGAGAAGAAAAUUCACUCGUCCGAGACGGACGCGGAGCCUCUCUCUUCCGAGUCGGAGCACGACAUGUUGUCAUCACGAAAAUCAUCAUCGGGUGACGUACAGCAGCGACGUGGCUCGAGACUUUACAAACAGCCUUCGCCUCAUCUAUCAAUGACCGAUGAUUUGCAGAAGAUUUUCGUCCAAAAAACCGACACUAAAGUCAAAGAACAAGUUACCAAAACGACAAGAACGUUCAGCCCGGUUAAGUCCAAAACCAAGAAUACGAAGAACUGCAACGACGCGGAUGCCAGUUCGGAUGAAGAUAGGAGGGAAAGUCUCGCGCGUAAACCUGGUAGGGCUAAGUCAAAGUCCAAAGAUGGUCAAGGAGGGGAUAAGUCGUCCAUUCCCAAAUUCAUCCAUAAACAAACGACUGCGAAAACUGUUUCAAAGAAGUACGAUCACGUUUGCCACGGUUACAUGCAGUCCACUGUAUCCAGAGAUAUGAAGAUUGAACGUACCAGCACACCGCCUCGCAUUAAGGAUAAGCAGGAAAUGGAUAACUUGAAUAAGAAAAUUCGGGAUACUCGGGCCCUAACGAGUCGCACACGCGAGAACACGAUCCAGAAGAUGAAGAGCACUCCGUCUAAAACAAAAAAACAAGUGGUCGAGACAAAACCAGUAGAGUCCUACGCAGCGAAAACCAAAGCAAAACCGAUGAUAACCGACGUAAAGACGCCGAAAGAUUCCGAAAGACACUUCAAGUGUGAAAAGAUUGAGCAAACGUUUAUCGAAAUACGAAAACCCAGUCCAUCCCCAACGAAAUUGCGUCGGUCAGUAGUAGCGGAUCAUAUCAAAAAGCUUCCAUCCCACUUACCCGAUAAGUCCGUCCAAUUCUCAGAACGAGUUCGUAGUCAAAGCGUUAUAUCCGCUAGUUACCAAGCGCCCGAUAAUGGCAGAACGAGUAUUAGCCCCACUUCUCUGCCUGGCAGUCCAAUAAGGGUGAGGUCGGCCAACGGAGGAUCCAAAUUAACUUCCGAAGUGUUUACCAGGACCCAGCAUCAUUCCGGUUCUAUCGAGGUGAUUUACCGGCAGCCCUACGAGAAUAUAAGACGCGUGGCGUCUCUUUUGAAAAACGAAACCGAGAUUUCAAUAGUCGACACGACCGAUUCCAGCCUCUCGGAAUCGGUGGCGUUGCCAAGCUCGCCGUCCGAUCACGAAGUCAGUUCGGACAUGAACGGCAAACUAAAAUCCGUUUCACCAACAUCCCCGUGGCAUAGAAAGAGCUUAGAGAACGCCCACCGCGUGUCUGACUUGGUGACGGUUAACAAAAGCGAUGGCGCCCAAGAAUCAAGCUUGUCGCUAUGGAACGUAGAAGAGAGAAAAAUCGCCGAAACGGAGCCUCAAAAAUCAGAGGAGAGGCUGUCGCCGAUAUUGAGCGUGCAAGCCGUAUCUCCGCCACGAGCCAAGUUCAGAUUUUCUUACGAGCAGGCAGCUCGGAAUGAAGCACAAGAAUGGGAUGCCUCCAAAAAACCGGCAGCUAUCGCCGAAGAAACGGCACCAUUAGCGUCGACCGCCGCAAACCAAGGAAAAACGACUACGACACAUUUAGCUAGUAAAGGCGAAUUUUCCGUAAAGCCGAUAUUCGAUCAAACUGACGCAUUCAUUCAGCACGAGUCACGCGCAGAACCGUACCAUCCACUUACAGAGCAGCAUUAUAAAAUUUCAAAAGAGACUGUCGUCUCGAUACCACCCGAAAAGAAAACCAGGAAGGGAUUUUUCGGUACACUGAAAACGUUCGUUAGCAAGUCGUCCGACCUAUCCGAUUCCGAUUCCGAAAAAUCUCCGAAAAAAGAGAAGAAGAAAAAGAAAGCCAAGAAAGAGAAAACCGUCGACGUCCCGCCCGACGUACCUGUACGACCCCCACGAAAACCAAAAUUACCGACACCUACCGAGGACCGUAAAUACGCGGAUAUACCAUUUGUCGAAGCCGAAUUCGAUUCCGCAGACACUAACGGCUUUACGGUAGACGCCGUGGUCGAUACCGCUAAAAUACCCUCAAAAACGAUUACUACUCCUGACGAAACCGCUCCAGAAAAAAUAACUAAUGUGGAAAAAGAUGCCAACGUUGCGAAACCGAAAACGCCGAAAACGAAAAAAAUGAAAACCAUUGUUCUGGAAGAAACGAUCACUAAAACUUUCGCGCCGGCCGCUGUCGAGGAGGAAGAAUUUACAGUUAUCAUCGACCCAACCAAGACCGAGUCCCCGAAGAAGUCGAAGGAAACUUUUACCCUUAACAUCGACGAGAGCAUCGACAAAAUCGAGAAGGAAAUUUUGGAAAAAUCCCCAAUACUUUCGCAAGAGAAAAUCGUGAAACCAGUAGCGCAUUUUGACACUCCGCCGACCCGCGAGCCUCAGCACUAUGAUGACGUAGUUGUCUCGCAGUAUCCAGACAAUUUGGUUUCGAUUCCCGAACGGUUCAAGUUCGACGAUGAGUCGGUCAAAAAGGUGACACAUAACCUCAUAGAAAAUGAAAAAGCGUUUGCGGCUUGGAUCGACGACCAACCUCCUACUGAAGACACCGCGAAGGGUGACAAUUCGACAUUGAAAAGGAAGAAAAAGCUAUUCGGAAUAUUUAGAAAGUCUACGUCGAAGGAUAACGAGGCGUCCGAUGACGACAGCAGUAAAACGGACUCGCUGUCGAAACAUACCCGAGGAAAAUCUAGGGAGAAAAGCGCGGAGCGUGUUCUAGGGCUGUUUGGGAAAAAGCCAAAGAAAAGUGGAACAAGACAUAAGCCUCCGCUCUCUGAGGAAGUCGUCGAGAUAAUGAAUCAAACUGAUGCAUUUCUGGCAACCGAAAAGGAUAAAUAUGAGGACUGUAAACUCAUCAACAAGACGAUAAAGCCUCACGAACACGUCAAAGUUGUACCCAAACAGACUUCAAUGCCGGAGACAAAGAAGGCAGUCACUUUGGAGAAGCAACGCGUUGCUGAUGAAUUAACCAGACGAACAACCGAUAGUUUUCUGAAAACGGAAGUAGCGAAUUAUCACGACGUUUUGCCCGUUUACGCUAUCAAAUUGUCUGACGAAGAGCGCCAAGUGCUGGCUGAAUACGAAAAUGAUAUUGACAGAUGUCCUUUGAACGAAACCGGAGCUGACACCUCUGGUUUAAUUAAGGAACCCGCAGACCAAAUAGAUGAGGAUAUCGUUAAAAUUAUAGCCACGGAUACGUUCUUGAUUAACGAAAUUGAAAAGUAUCAUGACGUGAGACCCAGGAUAAUACAGCCGGUUAUGAUUGAAAUGGACGACGGCAUAGAAAAAAAGAAAGACGCGAAGGGGGCCUUCGGCAUUUUUAAAAAGGCGAAUAAAGAUGAAUCCAAAAAAGGGACAAAACAGAAGAAGGUUACACCUGCGUCUCACGAAAUAACUAAAACGAAUUUGGAAGCGAAAGAACUUCUCCAUGAGUCGGUUGAAACUUCGAAAAUAAAAUCAAAAACAGAAACACUUUCACCAACCAAGACAUCUAUGCCUGUAGAAGUUAUAAGUAACUUGAAAAAUACCGAAAAAUUCCUGGAGGUGGAAGUAGCUACAUACCACGAUGUGCGACCAUUAUUUAAGACGACCGUCUACAUACCCGACACUAGUAGAAAACAAGCAGUGAGCAUGGAAACCUCGCUCGAUUUUCUAAAGCAAGAGAUUGAAUAUUAUCACGAUGUUCGACCCGUUGUUCAUGAAAAACUUGCCGAAGAAGUCGACGCAAAUAAAAAAGAAUCCAAGGGUAUAUUUGGCAUAUUUAAAAAGAAAAAUGAAAAACCCGACGAUAAAAGGGAGAGAAAAACAAAAUCAAAACCGAAACAGGCUUUGUCCGAAGAAGUCGUUAAAAAUAUGGAAGAUACCAGAAAAUUCUUAAACCUGGAAGUGGAACAUUUUCAUGACGCACGUCCUCGCGUGGAGGCACGAAAUGUCAUAGUGGAGGAAGAACAUAAGCAGAAGGAGUCCUUCGGGCUCUUCGGCAUGUUCAAAAAGAAACCCGAGGGCGACAAGAAACAUUCCAAGAUGGAGCAUGCUAAAGAAAUUACUUUGUCGGCCGAGGCUGUUAAAAAUAUGCAAAGUUCGUCUACUUUUUUAAGGGAAGAGGUUAUCAGAUUUCACGAUGUACGCCCUAUAGUUUUACCAAAGGAGGCGGUGUCAAGGCAAACUACAGCAACGAAAGAUAAAUUAAAGUUAUCCGGCCAAGUCGUUUAUAAUAUGAAUAUUUGCGAUUCUUUUUUAAAACAAGAAGUGGAUAAUUACCAUGACGUCAAGCCUGUCGUAAAAAUCAUCGUGGAAGAGCCUGCAGCACAAAAAUCUGUUAUGAACGAAUCGGAGGCCCAGAAAGGUUCACCAAAAAAGAAGGACUCGAAAGGUAUCUUCAAAAUAUUCAAGAAACAAACGAAAUCCGAGGAAAAAGAAAUGUAUCACGAACAAGUUUUAAAACAAAUGAACGCGAGUAACGAUUUUCUCAAAGAAGAAAUAGCCAGAUUUCACGAUGUUCGUCCGCUCGUUCGACAAGAAAACAUCCACUUCCAAUGUACAGCCACUAAAGACAUCCUCAAAGCGAUGAAAGACGCCAAUGAGUUUUUAAAACAAGAAGUGGAUCAUUAUCACGAUGUCAAGCCUGUCGUAAAAACCACUCUAGAAGAACCAACAGCACAAAAAUAUGUUACGAAUGAACUGGAAGCGCAGAAUUAUUCACACAAAAAGAAGGAUCCAGCAGGUAUCUUUAAAAUAUUCAAGAAACAAACGAAAUCCGAGGAAAAAGAAUCGUAUCACGACCAAGUUUUAAAACAAAUGAACGCGACUAACGAUUUUCUUAAAGAAGAAGUGGCCAGAUUCCACGAUGUUCGUCUUAUCGUCCAGCAAGAAAAAUUCCACUUCCAAUGUAUAACCCCCGAAGAUACCCUCAAAGCGAUGAGAGACGCGCAGGAAUUUUUAAAACAAGAAGUGGAGGUAUACCAUGAUGUACGACCACUGAAAAAGAUCGAGGCUGAGGAAGCAAAGGUUCAAAAAACCGAAGCCAAGAAAACAGAAAGUCCCAAGAAGAAGGAAUCCAGAGGUAUAUUUAAAAUAUUUAAAAAGCACGCUAAAUCGGAGGAAAGGGAAUCGUAUCAGCAGCAAAACGCAAAAGAUAUUCAAGCCUCUCUUGACUUUUUUAAAAGAGAAGUGGAUAUUUUCCAUGAUGUUCGUCCAAUCGUGAAGCAAAUCCCUGCAGAAGAACACAUCGAUAGUCAAUAUUCAAUUCCAGAAGAAGUAGUUAAAACUAUGGAGUCCACAAGGCACUUUCUGAGAGAAGAGAUAAGUCGAUAUCAUGACGUACAACCUAUUAAGAAGUCGAUAUUACACCCGCGGCAAGAUACGAACGUAGUUAUUUUACCAGCUGCGACUAUUUUGGGGUUGGAUAGCUCUGACGAAUUCUUGAAAAAGGAGGUCGACGUUUAUUACGACGAACGACCUGCCGUAGAAAAAAAAAUCGAUGAUGAAAUCGAGGUGAAGAAGAAGGAAUCCAAGGGUUUGUUUGGUAUAUUUAAAAAGAAAUCUGAGGAUAAACCAAAAGCGAAAGAAAAACCUAUACUCUCGGCCGAUGUGAUGCGCAAUAUGGAGGAUUCGCUGAAUUUCCUCAAUUUAGAAGUACAACAUUACCAUGACGUUCGACUUCAUACGCUGCCACAAAAAGUUCACGUGGAAAAAGAAAUUAAAACCAGAGAGUCGUCAGGUUUGUUUAGCAUGUUUAAAAGGAGAAGCAAAUCCAGAGAAAGGGAUGCGGUUCAAGUUCACCAAGAGUUGCUUAAAACAAUGGACGAUACAGCGCGAUUUCUACAAAAAGAAAUUAACUUGUAUCAUGACGUUCGUACGAUAAAGAAGAUAAUCCCGAUGGAACACUCGAUGGAAAAAGAGCAUGUAAUGAAACAACAAAAACCACUACCACCACCUCGCAAACUCAAAAAAGAGCUAGAUGCCAUUCAACUUAGGGAUGACACCGCGGCGUUUUUAAAGACGGAGAUUGGUCAUUUCUAUGACGUUCGUCCAAUUGUCCCAUUAGAAAUUGAACCAAAAGUAAUAAAAGAAUCGGAACACAGAGGUUUAUUUUCGAUAUUUAAAGGUAAAUCAAAAGAUAAGGACGAUGGAGCUAAAAGAUCUUCUGAAGAAAGCAUCCGAAAUAUGAAGACAACAUCGGAGUUUCUUAACAAUGAAGUUAACAGGUACAACGACUACCGUCCAAUCGUUAAAAAAAUUUUUAGCGGGGUAGAGACUAACCUGGCCGAAGAACUCCAAGAUAGUGCAAGCUUUUUGAAUCAGGGGGUCGAUAAAUAUCAUGACGUCCAUCCUGAUGCAAAAAACGUAAAAAUGGAGAAACAAGAGUCGAACUUAAAGCAAGUCCAACAGGUACCAAACAACGCUCAACUAAUGGCAGACACAAACGAAUUUUUGAAACAGGAAAUAUCAAAAUACCAUGACGUCAAAUUCGUAAUACAUCCGAAAAAAAUAGUGAGUGACAGUCAAGAUGAGCAAGUAGAAAAAAAAGAAAACAAGGGACUAUUGGGUAUGUUCAAAAAGAAGGUCAAAAACGAAGAUAAAGCGAAGGCCCUUUCAGAAGAAGUUGCGAUGGCCAUGGAGAACACACGAUCAUUUUUAGCUCAGGAAGUGUCUAAUUAUUACGACGCCGCGCUGACUAAGAAGGCGACAGCUGUAGAUGUUGUUCAUGAAUUGGAAACCGUGGAGCCCAAAGACAAAAAAGAAAGUAAAGGAAUAUUGGGCAUUUUCAAAAAGAAGAAGAAAGAUCACACGUCUCCGAAAAGGGAACCUGCCAAAAUGUCGGAAGAGGUGUUGAGAAACAUAAUAGAUUCAAACGAAUUCCUGAAAACGGAAGUGGUUAAGUUUCACGAUGUCAUGCCGCCCGCUGUUGUUCUUGUUGACGGCAAACCUGCGGAAAGAAUCCCCGAAACCACCAACUUUCUAAACACGGAACUGGAGAAAUACGAAGAUUCCGCUCUAAAAGUCAAAAAGCAGCAAGUUGAUAAGAACCUACCUCAACUUUCAGAGGAGGCUCUGUUUCAUAUGAUAACCACCAGCAAUUUUUUGCGUGAGGAGGUUAGCAAGUACCACGACGUUCGUCCACACGUAACUCUAGAAAUUUUAGGCGGUCCCGAUCAUGCGGAAAAACCCUCCAAAGGGGGAAAGCUGUUCGCUCUAUUCGGAAAAAAGAAGUCAAAAGACAAAGAGCAAUCGGUGGAGAAAGAAAUUGAUAAAACAAGUAAAGUGGGAAAAGAAAAUAAAAAGCAAGUGAAAGAGAAACAGCCGGCGCACCAGCACACUAAACCGAAAUCACAAACCUACGAAGAGCAAGAAGCAGCGAAGAUUAUAAUAGAUAGCGAAAAUUUCUUACAAGAGGAAAUUAGCCGUUAUCAUGAUGUACGAUCCAAGACGGAAGACAAAGGCGGGUCGGGUGGUCUCUUUGAAGACAUCGCAAAGACGACUCUACCUGAAAAACAACAGAAGCCGGAUAUAAUCGAUGCCGCUGAGUUUCGAGAAACGACUGUAGAUGACGGUUUAGUGAGUAGAAAAAUCCACGUCAUUACUCAAGAAGCCGUGCCGAAGGGCGACAAAACGGUGACCGUUACCAAAGAGAUUUACGUAGUCGAUCCGAGAGUUAUGGAAGACGUUGUUGGUUUGGACGACGAAAUCAAGAUCAAAAUCGCGCAAGCCCAAGCGGAAGCGAGAGCUCUAGAUCGAAAUCCAACCAAGCCGUUCGUUAGAGAAACUUUCACAGUGGAAACAAAGAUCAUCGAUCGCAUAAUUCCGUUGUCAGUUGAUAAAGAAGUUUUUACAGAAACGGAAGUCGAUUACGCGACACAAAAGUCGAUAAUUCCCGCUACGGAUCCAAAAGCGCUUACCGCUGAUUUCAUACGAAACGAAAUUAGUCUUUACCAUGACGUCAGAUCAAUUGUAAAGGCCGACGACAUCGAAAAAUCAAAAUCCGAAGACCAGAAGCUGUCGAGUAAACCCGCAGGGAACGAAGAGAAACCGAAACGAGAAAGGAAAAAGAGCGGAAGCCCAUUUAGGAUAUUUGAGAAGAAACAACGAUCGGACGAAGAAAACGUUAAUAAGGAAAACGAAGAACACAAACCCGACAAGAAAAGCAAAAGAGACAAGAAAAGGAGCGGAGGAUUUUUAUCCAUGUUCUCAAAAUCGUCCGAAAGUGACGAUAAGUCUGAGCCGAUGGAGAUUAUCGGCGCACCUAAGCCCUACAGUCCAGAAGCCGUUCACAUUCUGCGAGAAACGUCAAACUUUUUAAAUACGGAGCUAACAAAUUAUGAAGACGCCAAACCGGUGAUAAUCACUGAUCUCGAUGAAGAUUUUGAAGGGGAUCACUUAAAGUCCGGAUUGUUUAGUAUAUUCAGCAAGAAAGACCGCAGAGAAAGCCCUAAAAUAAGCAAAAGAAUGUUCAAGAAAAACAAGAGAGAGAAAUCGGAGGAGCGGAAAGAUUUAACCGAGAAAACGUACAAAAAGUUGGAAGACCUUGACGAGGCAAUCGAUAGAAAAAUCAAAGAUUUUCGCGACGACAAAAGCGCGGCAACGUUUUAUGUCGACGUCGAUACCAAACUAAAGAAGGUGGCGUUCAUCGAGAAAGAAGGACAAACUGGCGAGACUUCGUCGAAGCCUGAGAAAUCGGACGAUGGGAGCAGAACUAAGACACUCGAAAGUUCUCCCAAAAAGGGUAAAGGAUUCUUCAACAAGCUCGGCAAGUUUGGCGAAAAAAUUACCGGCAAAGUCGAACACACCAAAGAGUUUGAUGAAAUAAAAGCGCUGGAAGAACAAUCUUCCAAAGUUGUAAACGAUAUAAUCGACGAAGCCGAAAAAAAGGCGGAUCAGAUUAAACAGGAAACACCCGUUAGGACUUCGGUUAUUCUAAACGAUUUAGUCAUAUCGCAUUUCGCAGAAGACGUUAUCCAGAGCUUCGACGCCAAGAUGGAAAAUGCGAACGACACUACUAAAGAACUGGAAGACCAUUUGUUUAACGAAAAAGAGGGUUUCCUACAGACGGUGGACGACAAAUACAAAGAAACGAUUAAGCUGAGUGAGGAAAUUGCUAAACGAUCAAAACAUAAAGGUAGCGGGGAGUUCUUAGAUGAUGCCAGACGGGCGAUCGAACGUGAGACAGAAGAAAGUGGUCUGCAAGUAUUGAACGCGGACGAAGAGGAUAUUGAAAAAACUAAACAAUCAGUUGGCGAUGAGAGUAAAACGCAGCAGGGAAAAACUGAAAGCGGCGUUUUGGACGCAACGAAGGCUGGGUUCUUGUCCAAACUCGGCGAUAAAAUUAGCAAAAAAUCGACCAAGACGUCGCAACAAGUCGAAACGAAUUUGGAAAAAUCUAAAAGCAAGGUGGCGGACGAUAUAAAAGCGGCAACCGAGUGCUUCGAAAAGGAGAAAACGGAUCUGGAACAUGAAUUAAAACGCGAAUUAGACAAAGUUGAAGAAAAAUUACUAAAACUAGGAGCCGCAGCUCAGGAAGUUAAGACAGACGUUGAAGAUAAUCAAGAAAAAAUGAAAGAAAAAGUAAAGAAAAAGUCGAUGGGCUUCUUCGGUCACAUUGGCCAAAAAAUCGCUCCAAAAUUGCCGAAAGAAUCCGCAAAUCUUGAUGAAGCGAUUAAGAACCAAACUGAUAGGUGCAAAGAUGUGUUGCAGAAUAACGCAGAAGGAAUAUCAAAAGACUCAAAAGAAAUCGUAGAGGACAUUAAAAACGACGUUGCCACGUUAGAGAACUUUAUCGAAACCAAAUUGCAGGAUAUCAAAGAUAAUGUGGAAAUUAAUGUUACAACGUUUCCAGUGGUCGAUGAUGCAAAGCAAUCAAUUUCGGAAAAUAUUUCUCAAGCUGUAAGCCAAAUUGGUAAUCAAGGAUCAAAAUCAAUGGAGGCAUCACGCAAAACAGUCAAACUGAUAAGCGAAGAAGUGGAUGAUUCUAGACAACACCUUAAACAUGAUUUGGAGAAAGUUGCCAGUCACGUCCAAGCAAAUACCGAUGAAUUGAAUAAAGAAAUUGGCAAAGCGGAAGAAAAGCUCUUUGAAUUGGGAACCACUCUUCCAGCAGCUGGAGAGGAGCAUAAAGCUUCCGCAAGUGAAAAGACAAAAGACAAAAACAAGAAAAAGUCAACCAGCUUCUUCAGUCAUCUUAGCGAAAAAAUUGUUUCGAAAACAUCGAAGAAACCAGAGGUUGAGGGAGGAAUUAAAACACGAGUUGAAUGUGCCGGUGUCGUGGUGAAAGAUGUUAAAGAACAGGAGGGACAGGAAAUUAAAUCUGUAGUGGAAGACAUCAAAGAGGAUAUAAGUAAAUUGGAGACUUCUUUGGACACACAGCUGCGAGAUAUUAGAAAUGAAGUAGAAACACUGGAUCCUUCGCAAGGUGUUGAAGGUAAAAAACAAACACUUAAUGAAGGGUUGAAGGUAAUAAAUAAAACAGCAGGUGAAACAACUGAAAGUUUUGAACAGGAAUUGAUAAAUGCUGGAGAAAUUGCUGAGAAGAUUAAAAUGCAGACAAUCGAUGCUGCCAAAAAGGAACAUGAUAAAGCGAAACAACAAUUAAUACAACUAGAAGGUGCGGCACAGACAUUCGCGACUGACGUUAAGGAUAGUCUGACUCGAAAAACCGAAAAGACGAAAGAAAAAAUUAAAAAGAAGUCAGUAUUAGAGCAACUUGGAGAAAAACUCGCUUCAAAAUCUUCAAAGAAAUUACAAGAUGUUGACCCCAAAGAUGUUAAAUCGGAUGUGAUCGAGGAUGAGAUAGAGACAGCUAAAAAAAUGACGCAGAAGCUUGAGAGCACAUUAGACCAUGAAGCAAAGGUGGUCGAAGAAGCCAGUGAAAGGCUUGAAUUUCUGCCAUCUCAAGGGAAUAACACUAAGAAGUCCGUGGAGGGACAACUGGGAAGAGUCGAAGAAGAACUCCGAGAAGAUAACAAUAACGUUGAAUUGCAAUCCACCGAGGCUAAAAAGAAAAGCGGUGGAUUUUUUAGCAGUAUCGGGAAGAAGAUCAGCGGUAAAAGUAAGGAUGCUGUAGCUGAUGCAGAACAAACAUUAAGCGGUGCCGGGGUAACCUCAGCAAGCUCGGUCGAAUCAUUGGAAAAGCGGACAAAUCGCAUUAAAGAGGGGAUUCAGGCGGGAAUGCAGACAAAGGUCCCAGUUAAAGAGGGCGCUUUGGAUGAUUUAAGGGAACCAUUGGCAGAAGGGCGUAAGUUUGACAGAGAGUUCGUAGCCCGCGACAGAGGUCAGAUUAAGCAAAAGACGGCGCAGUUCCUGGAAGCGGAAACCGGGGUCCUUGAUUUGGGGCAAAUUACAAGGACGGUGUCGGAUUACGGCGGGAAAAUAAAAGAGAGCGAAAUGAAUCGCGGUAAUAUAUCGGAAGCUAACAUAGAUUUGUCUAAUUUACCAGAUGACGAACCUCAAAUACCCGCGUACAUAUCUUCUCCCACUCUAGCUAGGCGAACAGUAUCGCAGAAGUUGGCGAAAGACGACAGACCUGAGAUAAGGGAAGUGAAAAACAUCGCCAGCGUGACGUUGACUGAAGAGAUUUCAUAUAUCGUCACCGAGCCGGAAGACAUAAACAGAGAAAAAAUUCGAAAACCCUUGUUCCAUAUCGAAUCGGAAGAGGACGACGCCAUGAAACGAACGAACGUUAAAGAAACGGUUGUAGAAAACCUGGUGGCCGACUUGGCUAAAAGUUUAGAUGAAGCGACGCGGCCAGUACCGACCGCCAGAGUUGUAAAAGAGGAGAAAAAGCUAGAUGAACACGUGAAAGAGGCUGAAGCGGAUGUCGGUCUAAUCGAGCAAAAGCUGCGCGACCUAGAUGAUGCGCUGAAUUCGCUUGAAGAGAACGAAUUGACACGAGACGAAUCGCGAAUCGAGAAAAAAUUGCGACGAGUGGAGCGAAAGUUUGAGCGAAUGGCUUCGCAGGCGUUGGAAAAAGACGAAACGAGGAAAAUGACGAGUCCGGAUACGGAAGAGAAACGCGAGAGCCAAUUUCAAACACUAGUUUCGCAGAUGAGCGUUGAGGAAGUGUCCGAUUUUCAAAAAGAAUAUGGCCAGUUGUGGGACGAGAACACAUUCUCUAAAAGUGACGAUUGGGAGUCGAAAACGCCAGAGAGUCAGGCGGACGCGUUAGAGCUCCCCAAAGAACCCUGCUGCGGACUAACCACAAUCACCACCACCACCGAAGCGGACCCUCCACUAACCACUAACCAAACGCCGCAACCCAAACCACGAUCCGCAAAAACCCCGGAAAUACCGCUCGACUUGUCUCAGGAUCAACCGAAAACUGAAAAAAUUAUAUCUCCCGUGCGCGACGAUCUUCUUGACCAGGACGAGGACGAGGUCGCAUCAUACACGGCAAGGAAACAGUUUUGGGAGAGUCUGAGCAAAGAGCCCAACAAACGGACGAGUUUGCACGAUAUAUCCGCGGCUGAAAAAGAAGUGACCUCGAAAAAACGAGGCACGGUUCCUGAAUUCGCUCCGGUACCCAAACCCAGAUCCGUUCCACCAACUUCUUCCGACGUGGCUAUCAAACAAGACGACACCGCAACGAUCGACGAAGAAUUGGUAUCCGAAUAUCGCGCGUCCUUUACGUCGCCUUUGGAAAAGAAGGACAGACCGAAGAGUGACAGCUUGGACUCGGACCGAGCUCAGAAGGGCAGCAGUCAGUUUAUCGAGAACGUCGGUUAUAUAUCGGACAGCGAAGACGUGGAAAACGUCAUCUCGGACUCGGAAAUCGAGGAUCGAGUGCCACAGAUCAGAGAAAGACAGAUGAGCGUGUUCUCGCCACCGGCAACGUCGCAGCGGAAGACCAUUUACGAGCGUUCCGCAUCACUGCCGACAGAAGAUUUAUACGAAGUAUCCGCGCGCGCGAUUAAGCUCAGAAAAGAGUACUACGAGCGGCAGAUCAAGAAGGAGAUGAUCGAGGAACAGUUCGUGGCGGAGAACGAGGAAGAGGCGUCGCCGGAAAGGAAAACGUUGAUUUCCCUCCGGGACGAACGCUUCGACGGCUUGCGAACGUCGUUGGAUGAUGCACAAACUCACGAGACGCACAAGGACCUCGAAAACGAGAUUCCGCACAAAGCGUUAGACCAACCUAGUCUGUCAUCCGAUGAGCAGAACUGCAGAGACUUAUCGAAAGAGUCGAUGGAGGUCCACGUCGACAAAAGCGAACUGGAAGAAUCGGAAAAAAUCAGCGAGCCGGACUGCAGUUAUGUCCGGUCUUUGAGUAACGACUUCGCUAAACCUUCCGAAAGUGACGUACCAGAGAUUACAGUAACGCUUUCAGGUGCACAGCGACGUAUAAGCGAAGAAAGCGACGAAUAUGCCGAUAAAAAAGCCGAAGAAAUCGUCGACAAUGUAGUUUGGGAGGUGUGCGAGAGACAGAACUCUGACGACUUCGAAGAAGGCCAGUUGGAAGAUCUGGCCGAUAUCAAAUCGCAGAUGAAACUGACCGAGAAAUUUAUUGCAAUCGAAAAGAUCGAAGAGGCGAAGGAGGAGGCGAAAAAAGUCGACUCUGAAGAAGAGGACGAGUAUUCGCAGGUGGAGCAUAUAGUGAAACAUGCACCGGGAGUGAAAGAAAAUAUUUCCGAACGUCUGACAAAAGAAAUCCACGAGAAACUAAACGAGAAACUUAGAGCGGAAGACAUUAUGAUGGAGAAAGCUAUAUCGGAGGAGGUGGACGACAGCACCCUAGAUGAACUCAAAGACCUAAUGGUCGAAGAAGCUUUGGAAGAACUCAACCAGCACAAACGCAAAGACGACGAGUCGGAUAUUGGUUCGGAAAUUCACAUUGACCACUCAGAUUCGUAUGCUUCGGAUAAAAUAAAGUCAGAAAGCCACAGCGAUAUAGAGAAGAUUAUUCUGGACAGUCUUCAUCAGCAAAAAGUCGACCCUGAAGAAGCUAAAAAAAUCGCGUCCGCGCUUAUAGAAGAAAUCGAAAACGAAAUCCAGAAAAGAGAAAGUCCGUUGACACAACCGCCCAAUACGUUCGCAUUCAAACCAGAUGUUUCGAGCUAUUUAAAGCAACUGGCAGAGACCAAGGGUCUAGACGAGCGUGAAGUAGAACUGGUUGAGUCCGUUUUGGCCAGGCGGGAACGAGAAUUGGCCAAGUUGACGAGAGGCGAUACUCAAGCGUCCAGUAUGGAAAUUACCGAUGAAGAUUUAAGGUUCAGUGGCGGGGAAAUCGACUACACCAAUACAUUAGAGUUUCAGAUGGGACAGCUUGCCGCAGAAAAAACAGAUACUAUUGCCAUGGAAGACGUUUUGGAUGAGGACAACAAGAAAACCGAAGAAUGUAUAGACGAUAAAGAUUUCAAAGUGACACGUAAUGUAGCGUCGUCCGAAUCGGUUAAGAAGGAAAAAACUUUAUCUGGACACAAGAGUAUAAUUUUCGAAGAGGACGAGUUCGUAGCGGACUCGCUUUCAGAAGAAGUGGAGAAUAUAUCCGUACACGUAGGUGUUAGAAUUCACGAAGAGGCUAAAAAAUCGACGAAAGAUGAACUAAUAAAAGAAAGUAAAGAGACGGGAGCUGAGGUAGACAGGCAACGAAGUGUAGAACUGAUGCAGCAAGAGCAGCAAAUGAAAACGUCCUCCACCGAUCAAAGAGGGAUUGUCACGUCGUUGAAAGAAAGCGACGAGAUUUUUUUGACUUCGAAAAGUGCAACGGAACGACAUACGACAGAGGUUACGAACGAUUUUCUGAAAGAAAUGCGUUCGAGUAGCGAAAAAGAAUACAAAGAGUCUUCAAGUGUCGAAAAAACUAGCAAUUCGGGCGAAAUCAGAAAAACCGAAUUGUCCGGAGACGAUGAUGUCGAAUUGUCAAUUAUAACGAUAGAUAAACAACGUACGAAGCAACUCAGCGAAACGACAGUCAAAGAAAAAAUUCACGAAGAAUCGGUGAUUGUCAAAAAUGAAACUCUGGAAGGUGAAGAUGCGCGGAGGCUAGCGGACGAGCUCGGUGGCAUCACAUCGACAAUUGUUCAAAGGUCUAUCGAGCAGAUUUCGACUUCCGAUUCGAAAUCUCCCGUAGGAUUCGUGAUGAAACACAAGAAAUCGGAUUCAGAUUCGAGUAAAACUAUCGAUAAAGACCACGUGGUCCUCAGGAAGACAAAGUCAGAAGUGGACAGCAGCAGCAGCAGUUCCAACCUGAAACCAGAUAGGAAGUCCGUCGUAGAUUUCGAAGCGUACUCAAGCUCGGGAGAAAGUCACUAUCAGAGUUUCGAAAUGGAUAGCGCUAGAAGCAGACCGUGCUCAUCAGACGUCGAAGGUCUUGUGGGUGCCGGCUCGUCCGAAUAUGAAAGCGCGAUCACAUCCCAAGAGUACUCCGCGAGAUCACACAUGACCUCAACCGAAUAUCAGACGGCCGUAAGCAGCUCGAAGGAGAGCAUGAGAAGCAUAGAUAGCGAAAGUUCAGGGAACUUGGCGAGCGUAGAAGUAUCGGAGCAUUCGGAAACGUUGGUUCCGUCCAGCAGCGAUUUGGAUGGAGAUAUCCUCGAGCCUCUUGAUCACCACAUAACCGAAGACACACCAACGUCCGGUUGGCAAACGAGGCAGGUGUCGGAUGUCACCGACUCGGAAUUCAGAGAAUCUCUCGAUGUGUCCGAAGAGGAUCAGUACGACUUUGCCACUAAAAACAUCGACGUGCAGUCGAAGAUGAAACGCUCUUAUGAAAUGACGUUCCAACCGGAGCCCAAGAUUUUAGCGGAAACCGACGAAAAACUGGGAACCAGCUUAGACGAGGGAAGCGUUUUGAGCAUGAGUGUUUCCAGUGCUUCCAGUACUGGCGCUUUACGUACCGUCAUCGAGGUAGAAGGAAGCAUGGCGAUUUCCAGGUUAUCCGACGAACUAGAACGUAGUCAGGAAAGCUUGCCACAAACGCCGACAGCUUGUUCUACGUCCGACAUGUCAACUUCCACGUUGCAAAGCCGCGCGGAUCGAGAAAUAGAACAUGUAACCAUCACUACGUCGUCGGUGAGGGAGAACGACGUCCCCAGCGUAGGUACUCAAAUAACUUCCGAAACGUGUGAGAAAGACGAGACUGUCGUCACGCUGAGCAAAAUGGAAGAGCCGAAGAAGAGGCACAGAAGGACAGAAAGCUCGACCGCGUUCGUUUCGACGAUGAUUGGAAUCUCGGCACCGCUGUUGAUCACGAAAGAAGUUAGUAGCGACGAGAAGAAGGAUUUGAACGAGUCAGAGCAUCAGUUGAAGGACGGAGAAUUUAGGCGCCAAUUAGAAUCAGCGUUAUGCGAUAUAGAACCCGACGUGUCGGAAGAUUUGAUACCGCGAACCCGCCCGGCCCGAAAGAGAUCCACGUCAAGCCUAUCAGAAACGUUCGAGAAGCACGGAAAGUCAAGCAGCACAUCAAGCGAGAAAUCAAGUUUCGAAGAGGCGGAAGCGGAAGCAGCGUUUAGCAUGGUGCCGCACAUAUCGCCCGCGCACAAGGUGAAACAAAUCGUGCCCAUACUCGAGGACGAAGACGCGGAAACACGCGAGCUUGAGUUACGACAAAAGGCGCAGAAGGAGUUAGAGGAGCGUCUGUCCAAAAUGAGAGAUAUGAGUCCUGGAUUCAUACCGGACAUUACGGUCACCGAGCAUAUGACUGCCGAUCCGGAGGAGGAAGGUCAAGAGACCGACCCAGCCGACUGUGCUGCACCAUCACCGUCUGUACCCGUCGAUAGCGAAGUGCAAUGUGAACCGGACAAGUCGAAAGACGUUAAAGAGAGUGACUCGCAGAGCAGCGAUUCGUUCGAAAUGCUGGAAAAGCCCGACAUCAUCGACGAUUUCGUCGUGAUCGAAGAAGUGGGUAAAGAGGCUCGCGAGUUCGAUGGCGAAGGCAAGAGCGUAUCAAUCGAGAAGAAGUACAAGAAAAAGAAACACGACGAAGAAGUUGAGGAGUAUCUGGUCAAAUCUGCCCCAACCCCAUUGACGCACGUUAGGUAUGCCGACGGGACGUCUUCCGGUGAAGAGUUAGGUUUCGAUUUCGAAGACAGUCCUCCUCGCCUCGAAAACGGUCAGAAAAAGAGGUCGUCGAAUUCGACGAAAGAGUAUGGUUACGAUUACGAUCGGGAACUCGAAGCCAACAAAAAGUGGAUAGAGCAGCAGUUCCAGGGUGACCAGGAAGCUAUGCGCGCGGCCGGAUACGUUUUCGAAACCGAAUUCGAACGGGGACCUCUCGAAGAUAUUAAAGAGGAAGACGUUAAUGAUUUCGCAGCGUCGAGUUACGGUUCCCACAAAGAGUCGGGUGGAAGCUUGGGGAGCGUUAAGGAUUCCUACUCGAGCACACCCGAAUACGACGUAUUAGCCGGUCGGAAGUAUUUCACUCGUUCCGGCGAUAACGACGACAUCUCCAUGUCGAGCCUGCAGGAGUUUGAAAAACUAGAGCAAGCGAUGUCGCUAGAAAUGAAGCGCUUCCAUCAAGGGUCAGACUCCUCAAGCAGCGGCAGUUUCAAGACUCGUUUCGCCGCCGGCAAAAAUAACCACGGCGACGACUUAUCUGUCAGUUCGUUGAAAGAGUUUGAAGGACUAGAGAGGGCUUGUAUCGAGGCCCAUAAGAUCGAGGUGAAAGUGAAAGAGGAGGAAGCAAUGUUGACCCAAAUCGACGAAGGUCCGGAAAGUGUGGCGUCUGAGUCGGAAAGCUGCGAAACUAUAUCCGGGACCGAGAAAAAAGUGACCGACACUGACGAUGACGAAGAUUACGAGAAACGAAUGUUCGAAAUAGACGAGAUCAUUAAGCAAGCCCAGACUAACGUGGAACGCUUCGUCGACAUUCGCGACAUAGAAAAAACCGAGUCGCUGGGUAGAGGAGAUUCUGUAGAAGAAGUGUCGAAAGUGCCCGAUCUCGACCUGGAUACGCCGGUAGUUAAAUCUACUAUAAAGGUCCAGUGGAAGGAAGAGGACGAUGUCAUGGUCACGUCGACAGACUCGCUGGACUUAAAACCAGAAAAACAAAAACGCGACGACAGCUCGGACAGUCUGGACCAGGUACAAACAACUGGCGGUGACGUGAUGUCCGCCAGUACCGAUUCUAUCGAAUUCCAAGUCCAAAAAUCUAAGGACAACAACGUUAUGACGGACAGCAUGGAAUUUAAGGAUGAAAAGAGUUAUAUAGUCUCCAGUGAUUCGCUAGAACUCGGUCGGGUGACCAGUUCGGGAGUGAUUCAAAGCGAUUCAAUUGACGAGGACUGUUCUAGGAUCGGCGCUCAAGACCACAGCACGUCUAGCAUCGUCAGUUCGUCCGCCAAGGACGAAUUAUACGAACCGGACUCGAAGGACGACUUCGUUUCCCACAGUAUCAUCAGCGUGGCCGACCCUACUAGCUCAACUGCGACCCAAGCUACUUACCAAUACGAAAGCGAUUCAAUAUUUUCCGGUAGUUUUACUAGUGGCGGUUCCAACACGAUGGUUUCAUCUACGGACACCAUCGAUCCAGGUUACCAUCGGGAGACAGUAGACGUAGGCACCGCGGUACGGAAGGUGUGGUUCGACGAGGACUUAGUGGGGGCCAGAAGAGUAUCCGAGUACACGGAGGAAUUCUCACGGCCUUAUGUAACGGAAAUCAUAGAACCGUGCGCGGAAGACGAAUUCUCCCACGUGGUGCGCAGAAAAGUUGAAAUGCCGCCUGAAGUUCACAAAAUCACUUUCACGGGUGCAGACGCGGAAGAGCGUUUGAGGCAAUAUAUCGACGAAUUCGACGAGGGCGAAGAUGUCGAAGAGAGCGAGGAAAUUGACGAAGCAGGAAACGUCCACACGAGAAGAUGUGUGCAGAGACGAUUUAUCGUGAAGGAUGGACAACAGCAACCGAUGACUAAGGAAGAUAUUGAGCAAUAUUUCAGAGAAGUUAACCGUUCCGAUGGGGGUGUCAUCAAUCGAACUUCUCAGGGUGCGAUCGACUACGCUAAAGGGGAUCGGAACGUUAUCACUCAGAAAUUUGAGGUUCCCCAAUCCCAAUCCGUGUCACUAACUCACGGCGUUACAGGAGACGCGGAUGCUGAACAUGCUACAGUAGUCCAACCGACCACUUCUCAAGAUAUAGCAACUAUAAACCGUAGAAGGACGUUGCGUUACGAAAUCAGUAUGGAAGAUCAAACGGAAGUGAAUCCCAGAGAACAUGAUUGGCGCUUUAAUUUACCUCAACAUGCCGAGACCGAGGAAACACACGACAAGUCGGAAAAGCUCCAAGAAAAAAAAGUCGCCGACCAGCACCAGCUGUCGCACGAGAUGAGGGAGCUGCUCAAGGAGAUGGAACGAGGUAGCAAACAGUAAAGAGACUGAACGGCAAUAAUAAAAAUUAGAUAGCGACAUAUCUCGGCGUUUUCGGAUUAUACCCCAAAGACGACGGAAACACUUUUACGGGACGCUAGAGCUAGAGCUUUGCAACGCGUUAUUUUUCUCAUGAAAAAAUGAUCUCGCCUUCCGGCGGGAAUUUUUAAUCGCCAAAACACAGUCCGCAAUAUCUCCUGCCUUCGCCGUGAACCCGGCAAAAUGUGCAAUUUUCUUUUGUAAUAGUUUUUUGUAAUUAUUUUCAUAAGGAGGUUUUCGUCUAAUGCCGCGUAAGUAACACUAACUUACAAUCUUGCUUAUUGGUGUUUUAGUUAAAGCUGUUAUUUUUUUACAAGACGAUUUUAUUGUAAGUUAAGGUUACGUUAUAAUUUGUAUAAAAAAAAUUAGGAUGAGCGAACAAACUGACGUAAUAUUUAGCGAAUUGAUGAUAGCUUUAUCGUUACACAAUUAUGGAUGUUAUCGAGGGCGAUGUUCCUGUCCGCUCCCGUGGACUGCGUAGGGUUUGUGGUUUUUCCCUGCGCAAUGCCGUAUCGACUCGAUAGGAAUAACGGUAGGACCGGGACACUGCCGCGUUUUAUUUAUUAUUUAUUUAAAUCAAUGUGAAAUUUAAGUAUUUAAUCUAUAUAUCAAAAUACACCCAUACGUCUAAAUAAAGCUUUCAGUACAACAUA